AUGGAGAGAAGCGACCCGGAACCAUUUGAUCCUUUGAAGUUCCUGCCAGAUGACUCGCUGACGGCUUGCCGUUUGCAGCACGCACAUCCGAACCACCUUCAUGCAACGACGAGACGGGUAUUCAUCGGCCCCGUACCUAAAGGCUGGGUUCAGCACCACCGAAAGUCAUGGUACGGGUCUUUCAACUAUCACAAGAAAGCAGCAAGCUUCACGCUGGACGAGACAGGUGGUUUGCAUGAGUAUCAUUCACGUCAAGGAUGUCAAAAUCCCUCCCCACUGGCGCCGCGACAAAGUAGCGAAACGGAGGACGACAUGGCUAUUAUUCCCCCCGAUGAACAUGAACAAUCCGACCAAGCGCCGGCUCGUCUGCUACCUACACCCAUUCAGUCGGGAGAAGGUCGAAGAACGGCCAGUAAUAUGUCGGGCCAGUCAUUCAGGACGGCCGCUGAAUCAUUCGCGGAUGUUUCCGGAGAUUCCGAGUCAGAUCAAGAUGAAGAUGGCAACCAGUCAUGGAAUAGUAAUCGGGCCACGUCGGAAGCAGAACAUCACGUUCAGCAGUUUCGUACCUUGUCUGUCAAACAGUCGACGCUUCCCUCUGCUAUGAGGUCGCAUCUCAAGGGCGGAACGGUGCAAAAGGUUACGCGCUUUUCUGACAGUGUCGAACGGCCCGAAUUGUCUCUCUCAGCGCCUUCAUCGCGCGUGUUGACGGAGAGGCAACCGACGUAUGGCUCGGACACGUCUUUACUACCACACGAGACAAUCUCAACGCAAUCUCCAAGCUCCUGUCUAUUAUCUCCUCGGAAGGAUCGAUCUAUCGGGGUAUCUCAAAAAAGUUUAGUACGCUUCGAAACUGGACCAGGCCAGAACCCAGCACUGGAGGACAGAUCGGAAGUCAUCGCCUCUAUCUCGAAACGGUUUCGAAAUCCGUUUAGGAGACAGAAACAGCAGGGUGAGAUACUGAAGUUGGAUAAGAUGCUCCUGCGAAUUGCCAUCGCACCUGUAGGAGAGCUUCCCGUCACUUUCGAUGAACAUACAAACAAUAUUGAGGUGAAAACGUUCAUCAAGUGGAGGGAAUAUCUGGUUGUAGCGCGCGCUGGCGGCAAAAACGGUGCGACAGCGACCAUCAAAAUUCACAAAAACAGAGUAAUUCCGGCUAUGGACAAAUCCUUUGCGUCUCGACAUUCGGAAUGGCAAAUACCGCUUGAUUCCGAAGCCCGUGUGAAUUUGUAUUCUCAUUUGGACAAGUCGCUCUGUAUCUGGCGCCCUUACAAGAACGGAACCAUAUUUUAUAUACUUCGACCAAAUUCUGUACCUGACAGUAUCGAAUGGUAUGGGUUUAUCCAGCAAUGCCUGGGAAGUCAUCCAGCGCGAUACGCACAUAUUCACGUUCCGGACCUUGACGUAUCGUUUCGAGUUGCGCUCCGAUCCAACGCAACGGAAACCGGAAACACGGGUACCGUCGCAGCAACUGGUGCACUUGAUGAAGCGGGAAACAUCAUUGCUGCCAACGGUCGAAUCAUUACGCCCGACAUUCUCACGACCACGUGCCUGAAUCUGUUGGAGCAAACGAAGGAAUGGGAGGACGUUCUGAAAUACUGGAAAGCCAAUGAGAAAUUGGGGUUAUGCUGGAAGAGGUAUGACAGAGUUGAGUGGAUUCAUGGCUCAAAUGGUGCACGUCUUAUUGGCCAAUGGACAAUGGCACGAACUCACCAAAUCGAACUCCGUCCUAAGACCCACUAUCCUACGAGAGUACACGUGAGCCGCUCGGCAGUCUUGGAAGAACCAGAGCCUGUUGAAGGGUUUCUUGUGCGGCUCUCGUCAGCCCGUGGCCGACAUGCGCGGUUGGGAAGAAUGUUCUAUAAGCGACUGUAUUUUUCAACCCACGAUCACUUGAUGUUCUUCUCAAAACCAGGCAGAGCACAUCCGCCUCCGCCGCCCGAGGCAACUACAAGACGACGAGCUUUCGUCAGUGGCGGGAACACGCCGAGCCCAGAUGAACUUCUAUCAGAUAUGCCACUCAUCUAUAAUAUCGCACCAUACGACGUGGCAUCAAAGGAUGGCGAAAUCUCGUGGCUCAACCGUACAACCUCGCGUGAAGAGAUUCUCCAUCGCGACGCCGCAGCAAAGCAGGAGGCAGAGCGCUUAUACCAAUCGAUCAAGUCUGCGGAUGGGUACAUUGAUCUUACUAGGGUGCAGUUUGUCCGCCGUUGUCGACGAGAACCUGCAGGUGUAGAUGCUGAUGUCGGACGCGGUGAGAGCGUACCUUUUAACGAGGAUGGCAGCGAUGACACGGGAGAAGAUGGCGUUGUUGGAGAGUUCGAUGACGAUCGGACCUUUGAGAUGGUGCUGCUGAAGGGUUUGGUGCUGCGGCUACAGGCAUACAACCGUGAGAGCCGGAAUGAGUGGAUACGGCGAUUGAACCUCUUGAUCACGUAUUGGAAGGCAAGACUCGCGCAAGAUCUCACAAGCCUGAAACAAAUGAGAGAAUCAAACCUCAAGUUGCUUGGUAUCGAGCUAGAUCAGGAGGGAACUUUCGGACAAUCCGCCGACAAAUGGGAAGUAUCGAGAUCUAUCACCAAUCCUGAACUUUACAACUUUUGCCCUAUUAGCUCUUGCAGAGCGAUCACGAUGCGCGGUGUGCUUUUCCGCAAGAUGAGGAAGAAUGUCGCCUUUGACAAAUUCUUCUGCCUCAUCACACAGGGCGAAUUGCUGAUCUAUCAUCACGUGUAUCGCAGUUCUGGCGGAUCUGAAUCAGCCCAUAUACAUCAUGAGCUUCACGCACGUGUUGGACUGAGGGACGCAUACGUAUAUUCCGGCGCCUCGACACAAGGUCUUCUACAAAGCGAAUCUGUUGCGGUGCCAAGAAUCUACAAGGAUGGAUGGCAGUCACAAGAUGAAGAGACGAUGCUCACAUUUGUUGUUUGGCAGGGCAGAAGGAGAAAAGUCCUCUCAAGAAACGGCGACAAUAACGCAAGAAUCCUCAGUUCAGGCGUAAGAUCGGUAAGCCGCUUGGGCGUAGCUGGGAAGGGUACCAUCUUUAAAACAAGAUCUCGACAGGAGCGAGAUAUGUGGGUAACAGCGCUGCAGCUUGAAAUCGAGAGGAUGUCCGAGGAGGACCGACAUAUAAGAAUCACAGGCUGA